AUGGGGAACUACACUAGCGCCGUAGUCUCUGAUGAUGGCACAACCGAUGAGAUGAAGCAGUAUCUUAGCGAACUGCCAUCCAAAAACCUAGAACCUCUAUGGUCACAAAUGAGCAUGAUGGUGCCGCCAUCACCAAACCCUACAGCAAAGCCUCAUAUGUGGACAUACAAAGAAGCCUUGCCUCAUCUCGAAACCGCCGCCAAAUUAGUCCCCGAGGAAAAGGCUGAGAGAAGGGUAUUGAUGCUAGUCAACCCUAGCAUGCAAUCACCAUACACAACAGACACCAUAUAUGGCGGUCUUCAGAUUGUUAAACCUGGUGAGACUGCACCAGCGCACAGACAUCUUGCCUUUGCGGCUCGCUUCAUCAUUGAUGGCGAGGGCUUCACAGCGGUUGAGGGAAAGAAGAUGCCUCUGGUCCGUGGUGAUGUUGUGAUCACACCCAUUUGGCACUGGCACGAUCACGGGAACGAAAGCGACAAGCCUGUCAUCUGGUUGGACAUGCUGAAUUUGCCUUUGUUCCGCUUUGCUCCCGUUCAUUUUGCACAGGGUUACUCUGACCCGCGAUACCCAAGCGAGCAUUGUGACCCUUGCGAAUUUCGUUUUCCGUGGGGUCCAGUUGAGCAAGAACUCAACUCCAGCAACGACGCGUAUUCCAUUUAUCACUAUAGAUUAUCCAAUGGAAAGCCACUGUCGACUUUCCUCGGCGUGCAAGCUGAGAGGUUAGGACCGGGUUCAACCUUCGAAUCCCAGGAAAGCCAGUCGUAUCUAUAUCAUUGCUAUGAAGGGAAUGGUCGCACAGAGCUUGUUACUCCGACAGGCGAGACCAUGACCUUUCAGUGGCAAGCGCGCGAUACUUUCGCAGUGCCUUCAUGGUGCAAGGUCAAGCAUGUGAAUGAGUCUGCAACCGAACAAGCAUACCUGAUCGGGUGCCAUGAUGGACCAUUUCUUGAGUGUCUUGGUAUCCAACGAAGGAAGGAAUGA